AAGUUUGUUUGGGCUCGAGGUGCACUGUUAUGGCACGUAGAUAUAUAAUUCGGAAUGACUCACCCAUGCUCGCAUCAAGGUGGAAUGGAGUCGCUAGAGAGUUUCAGCAAGUGGCUGCUUCAUCAUAGGUAGGUAGUGUAGUUCGGAAUGGCAUGCGAUCUCUUCAUAAAAUUGAUGAUGAUUGGUGACUCAGGGAUUGACUACAAGACCAAAAUGCUGUGGAUGAGAGGAAAGCGAGUGAAGCUGCAGGUUUGGGAUACAGCUGGACAGGAACGCUUUCAAACAAUCACACAGCAGUACUAUCGCAGUGCCAUGGGAAUUCUGAUGGUGUAUGACGUCACCUCGGAGGCAUCCUUUCAGAACAUCUCUCGCUGGAACGAGCAAAUCUCCAAGCAUGCGGACAAGGAUGUGCAACGAGUUCUUGUUGGCAACAAGGCAGAUGCGGAAGACAUCGCCGUGGCAGUUGGAAGGGGUCAAGAACUUGCAGAGAAGUAUGGCAUACCUUUCUUUGAGACAAGCGCAUGGUUUGGAGAGAACGUCAAUCAGGCUUUCAUUAAGCUGGCUGAGAUGGUGAUCCAGCAACGCCGGCGCGAGGAGAGGCGUACUACAAUGCGAUAUCGGCGAGAUGCGACCGUUUGGAAGUGCAUUGGGGUACCUCCAGCAAGCCACCCAUUCUUUAUUGCCAUCUAUUGCAGAAGCAUCCAAUUUGUGAAUUGAUUUCCAAGUUGACCGUGAGGAUGAGCCGUCGAAGCAGAGGGCCUGCUGUGUGCGGCAAUAGUGGAGGAGUGUUAGGUAGAUCAGACAAACCAUUUGCUGGUUUAGUGCUCUUUCCCCAGUUAGCGAGAGCUAUUGGGGGUCUUCAAGUAUAGGAAGAGGUGCCGCCUGUGUGCGCUUUGGAGCUUGUGUGCUGGUGCCGCUGCAGCAUGCCGCUGCCAGAUGUGUGGGCGUGUGCGCUUUGGAGCUUGGGUGCUGGUGCUGCUGCAGGGUGCCGCUGCCAGAUGUGUGGCCGUGUGUGC